GUAUCAUGGUGACGCCUUGUCCUGCCAGCCCGGCCAGCCCCGCUGCGGCAGCCGGAAGGCGGGACAACCAUCAGAACCUCCGCGCCCCAGUGAAGAAGAGCAGACGCCCGCGCCUCCGGAGGAAGGAGCCACUGCGGCCGCUGAACGCGUGUUCGCUCCCGGGAGACUCCGGCGUCUGUGACCUUUUCGAGUCCCCCAGCUCUAGCUCGGACGGCGCGGACAGCCCUGUGGCGUCUGCGGCGCGGGACUGCAGCUCCUUACUCAGUCCUACCCAGCCCUUGACCGCUCUAGAUCUCCAGACCUUCAGAGACUACGGUCAGAGCUGCUACGAUUUUCGCAAGGCACAGGAGAGCCUUUUCCAUCCGCGGGAGUCGCUGGCGCGACAGCCACAAGUGACCGCACAAUCCCGCUGUAAACUGCUCAGCUGGCUCCUGCCAGUCCACCGCCAAUUCGGCCUCUCAUUCGAGUCGCUGUGCCUGACGGUGAACACUCUGGACCGUUUCCUCCUUACCACCCCAGUAGCUGCAGACUGCUUCCAGCUGCUCGGGGUCACCUGUCUGCUCAUCGCUUGCAAGCAGGUAGAGGUGCACCCACCUCGCGUGAAACAGCUCCUAGCCCUGUGCGGUGGCGUUUUCUCCCGGCAACAGCUGUGCAACCUUGAGUGCAUCGUGUUACACAAGCUGCGCUUCAGCUUGGGCGCACCCACCAUCAACUUCUUCCUGGAGCACUUCACUCACGUUCGCGUGGAGGCGGGGCAGGUUGAGGUCACUGGAGCCCUGGAGGCUCAAACCCUGGCUCGGGGAGUGGCGGAGCUGAGCCUGGCUGAUUAUGCUUUCACCAACUACACACCUUCCCUGCUGGCCAUCUGCUGCCUGGCGCUGGCUGAUCGCAUGCUGCAGCUCCCCCAUCCGCUGGACCUUCGCCUGGGAGAGCACCCGGAGGCCGCACUGCAGGACUGUCUGGGCAAGCUGCAGAUGCUGGUGUCCAUCAACAGUGCCUCCCUGACUCACAUACUGCCUCCCCGGAUCUGGGAGAAGUGCAGCUUGCCCCAGAGUUAGAAGUAAAGGCACACCCUUGAGUUUCUUUUAUUCCCGGGCCCUGGCUCUGUGCCUGCAGGAGAGUGUGCAGUAUUAAUCCAAAGUAGAAGCUCAGGACUCCUGCCCUGUAAAUAGUGUACAGUAACGGAUUGUUAUUUAUUUUGCAGUACACAAGGGUGGGGUGACAGUCCUGGCUUGUCUAUAUGCUGCUGUUAUCGGGUCUGCCCUUCACAGGUGGUCAGUCAAGGUAGUCGCCAAUUUCAGAGUCUGUCCUCACUCCCAAUAUUUUACUCUGUAGUUAGCAGCUCCGUGAAAACAAUCUAGCAAGACUUUAGAAGCCACUGUUCCAGUAAUCAGACAAGUCAAGUUUGCCUGUCUCUAUCUUAUCCCCCUCCAGCCUGGAGGCUGAGUCUCCCUCCUCCACACCAGUGGUCCAAGGAGUGUGAGACAGAGUUGGAAGUCAUUGUAGUAGUCCCUUUUGUCCAGAAAGGCAGUGCCUGCCGCUUACUGAUGUGGGUCUGGGAAGCUUUAGGGACCAGGUAGGCAUGCUAGCAGUGGGUAGAGCAAGAGACACCCCCUGGUGCACCCCCAAGAGAUGUUGGAAAAGAAACUUUUUGCAUAAUCCUAUAGCUGUUGCAGCCUGGGCCAUCUCUGCAGUU